AUGGACUCAAAUCGGAUACAGCCAAACAGCUUGAAUGGCUCGUUAUUCGACAAAUUAGGCAGCGCUAAUAUUGUCAAGAAUCGAAAAGGUCAAGUACGUUGCCUGCGAGAUGCAGCCGUACUCUCUAGAUCCACUGUCCUCAAAUCAGAUCAUUAUCUCGCAGCCAGAGCCAAAGCGCUCGACAUUUCUAUUCAAGGUGCUCCCAACUUCAGAAGGCCUAAAGGCGCUGAAUCUAUUGGUGUUUAUGGCACGGCUCAACCCACUAUCGCUGGCCUGCGCACUCUCCUCACCCUUCUCGGCGCUGCUCCCACUCCCUCCCCUAUGGUAUCACCAGAUGCCACGCUCAACAUACCAAACACGGCAUUCAAAUCUGCUGCCCACUCUUCCAAAGCCAAAUCUGUCUUUGUCUCUACACGCGAUGAACCGAUCGUUUAUAUCUCAGGCCGUUCUUACGUUCUUCGGCAUGCUACCAACCCUAAGCGCGGCAUACAGCUCAGUUAUAGAGCUGAAUCCCUCGAAGGUAUUGAAGAGCGUCUCAAGGCUGAUGUUCUCAAUGAGUCCCGCAAGUAUGGCGGUCUCAUUAUGACGCAUGAGGAAGAUACAGAAGGCGAGAUCGUACCUACUUGGCUCGCGGUAGAUGCUUCGAAUGUGCUCACUUCAAGAGAACUCUGGCAUAGUAUCAAACGCGAGGGCUUUAACCUUGAUUACCAUCGUAUUCCAAUCUCACCUGAGACUCCUAUAGAGGAUAAUUACCUCGACGCUUACGUUAAUGUUAUGAAGGAUAGCGAUCCACGUGAAACUAACAUUAUCUUCUCAUGUGGAAUGGGUGUUGUCCGUACGACAUAUGCUAUGACUGCUGCUCUACUCGUCAGACGUAAGCAGUUGCUGCUACUUGGUGAAAAAGAUCCGUUCCAGGACUUAGACCUGUCGCAAGAGCUCAACCCUUCCGAACGCAGAGCAUCGUCUGUCCUUCAACAAGCAAGUGCACAGCAUCACAACACAAUGUCACUCCUCCGCUUAACGCAUUUGGUCGAACAAACUUUGCUCUCUGAAGAUCAAAGAUCGGCGAUCGAGCUGUUGAUCGAGCACCCCAAUCUCCUCGAAGAUUUGCGCUCUGCAAGUCUGGGAGACUACCAUGUCGUUCUGAACAUUAUGGCGUGUCUUGAACGCGGUAAUUCCUGUAAAGGGAUCGUAGACCACGUCGUUGACAUGACUGAUCACGUCGUCAACCUUCGUGAAUCAGUCCUUGAGAAUAGACUGAGGUCGUCGCUUACAAGGGUAGACGAAGACACGCGUCAAUCGUACUUAUUAGAAGCUCUGAAAGCUCUCGAGAGAUACGCUUUCGCUGUCUGUUUCGCUGGUUAUCUCGACGAAUGUCAAGAUCUCAACAAAACCUUCAUCGAAUGGCUGCAGCAAAGGAAGGAAAUAGGCAACAUGAUACAAUUUCUUCGUCAUAAAGGAGGCAAAUUAUUCAACUUUGCACCAGUUGCUGACCUAUCAGAUCUCUCCAAACGCACAGUUUCUAGUACGGCUCUCGCGAAGAAUGGCACAGAUCCUACGAUAGCUGGUGGUACAGUUCUAGCUGAUGAGUAUGCAGAGCUGGUUGUUCACCGCCGCAACGGUAUAUUACUGAGAAGUAGCACGCUGCUCAAGAAUGACAUUUGGAGGCAGACUGAGGGUCAUGUGGCCUUGCCUGGAGCAGUUAACUUCAGACGUGUCUCUGACACUAACAUUUAUGCACUCGGUCAGCCUGACAUCAGUGCGAUUGACCACUUGGUGGAGAUGAUUCAAGAAAUGCAUCCUAAGAUGAAACGCAUUACGUGGAUAAAUCUCCGCGAGGAGCCUCUAUCAUACGUCAAUCAAGAACCUUAUUGUCUCCGUAAAGAGGGUUAUUCGUUCCGCAAUUUGAAGGACUUUGGAGGUAUAUCUGCAUCACGUCUCGAAGUGCUUGAAGAUCGACUGAAGAAUGAUGUCGCGGCGGAAGUUACGAAGCUUGAUGGCAAGCUACUACUCCAUACGGAGACGAAUGAUGGGAAGGUAGUUCCAAUAUGGGAGGAUGUCAAUAAGGAUGAUAUAGCCUCGUUGAGGGAUAUCAUGACAAGGCGAGCAGAAGAGAUAGAGUUCAAACGCAUACCAAUUACUUCGGAAGCCGUACCUGAUUUCAUUGAUUUGCACGAUCUCAUGAAUGUAGUCAUACAGACGGACAGCCAGUCUCCGAUUGUGGUGAACUGCCAACUUGGAAGAGGCCGCAGUACGCUUGCAGCAGUCCUCAUCAUUCUUAUACAGAAAUGGCUGAAGAAGCGCUCGCCUCUCGAUCCACACAUUGGGUUGAAGAGACAGCCCACUGUCAACGUAGCCAAGAAGAGCGCGACGCGCAAGUCUUACCAGCCUAUAAACAAUCUACUGAGAGUAGUAAGACGAGGCUUGGAAUUGAAGAAUAUCGUCGACGAUGCAAUUGACGAAGCAGGAGAUACCUACAAUUGUCGCGAAGCUGUGGAAGAUGCGCGAGUGAAGGCGGUCGAAGCCAAGGAUGAAGCCACCAAGAGGCAAUUCAUUCAGAAGGGACUCAUCGCUCUGCGUAGAUACUACUGGCUCAUAGUAUUCCAAUCCUAUCUCCAAGAAGCAAAGCCUGACACGCUUGAGAAUCUACCAUCUUUGAAAGAUUAUGUUGAGUUUAGACCUGUGUUGAGGACUUUUGAAAAUGAGAUUAAAGUUGGUGGACUGGAGUCGCUCCAAGCGCUUAAACGUGACGACAAUCCACCAGAAGGUAAUGCUCUUUCUGACGAAGUAGAGCGAGUGGUUAGGAAUAGAAAUGGCAGAAUUCUUUCGGCACAGACAUUGCUCAAGUCAGACUUCUUCAGUCAAUUACAGAAAAUGAGUCUACCGGAACGCGUAGAAGGCGCGGCCAACUUCCGCCGUGUGCCUCUAUCUCUUGCUCAGAACGUAGAGUAUUACAAGAGUGCAAAUCUUGAUCAGGUGGAAAUAACGGAGACGGAUAGCAUAAUAGUGGGGGUGGGAAUGCCGUCUGGAACAGGUCUACGCAAAGCUCUCGAAGCGAUGAAUACAGCGAAGGAGGGUAACAAUAAGGUUACGUGGACGUGCUUACGUGAAGAGCCAGUAAUUUACAUAGUUGGACAUCCACACGUCCUAAGACUUGCCAAUAAGCCACUGACAAAUGUCGAGAGCACGGGUGUGAGCACAGAAGUAGUAGAAGCUAUGGAGAGUACGCUCAAAAAGGAUGUCAUCAUGGCGGCGAAGGAUACAGGCAGAGUGUUAUUACAUGAUGAACAAGAGAUCUCGCCUGGGAAUUACAAGAUCAUACCAAUUUGGCAGAAUGCUGAAGAGAGCGAUAUCUUGACACCAAGGGAGAUGUUCGAAGCUGUACAACUGGAGGGGUAUAAGGUAGAUUACUCGAGAGUUGCUAUCACAGACGAGCAAGCACCACUUCCUAAUGCUCUGGCAGAGUUGCAGACAAGAUGUGUUAAAGCGGUCGAGAAUGGUCACAGUAUGGCGUUCAAUUGUCAAAUGGGUAGGGGCAGGACGACAACUGGUAUGAUCGUGAGCUGUUUGGUGACAGCUAUAUACCACAAACCGGGAGAUCCGAUUAAAGCGGUGGAGGAAGUGCAGGGUGGCAAAGAUGAACAUGACGGCACCGACCUCGAGAGCGAAGAUGACGAUUCGACGCACCCACAUCUGAACGGUGAAUACAGGGUUAUUCUCGAGUUGGUCGGAGUAUUGAAGCACGGCAAACGCGCAAAAAUGUUAGCCGAUAAGGCUAUAGAUUUAAUGGAAGGCGUUCAGAACCUGCGCAAAGCGGUGUAUUCAUACAAGUUACAAGCCGAAGCACAGGAGGAGGGAACGCCGAAGUUUGAAAGGUUAUCGACUGUGGCAUGUAAUUACUUGCACAGAUACGGAGCGCUAGUGUCGUACUCCAACUACCUCCUCGAAGCUAGAGAGCACGAUAAACACCUCAAUUGGAUAUCAUUCCCUGAGUGGCUGAAAAAGCAUAAAGACGAGAAAAUGGCUACGAGUGAAGGCGAGGACGUCAAGGCGAUGAAGGCGAGUCUUCGCACGUGGUGGAAGGGCUUUGCGAAGAGGAAGAAUGAGUCUUUGGUGCCAAUAUUUGGGAUAGCCUUAAGGGAUAGCCUGAGGAAUGCACAUGUUCAAAUAUCUACUACGGCGCUCGAAAGCGAUGAACACUUUGUCUGCGGAUUCGUGCCCGUUGUUGUGGCUAAAUGCGGUCUCCAUCUCAAGGAGACGGCGACAGAGACGGAGGGAACAUUCCGAAUAUCAGGCAGCUCUAAGCGUAUGAAGGAAUUGCAAGCUAUCUUUGAAUCGCCGCCCAAAUUUGGUAAAAAUCUCGACUGGAAAAAAUACGCAUUCAAUAGCCACGAUGUGGCUUCCGUUCUUAGGAGGUAUCUGACACUUAUGCCAGAACCAGUAAUACCGCAUGAAUUCUACGAUAACUUCAGAUCUAUCCUUAAAUCUAAACCUGAGCACCGUGAAGCUAUUUCUAAAUUCCAAAACGUUAUAGUCCAGCUCCCUGGUGCUAACCAGUGCUUGUUGCUUUACGUGCUCGACUUGUUAGCCGUUUUCGACAGGAAAUCUCGACAUAACAAAAUGAACGCAUUCAAUUUGGCAGUAAUCUUCCAGCCAGGUAUCUUAUCACAUCCUUCACACGCUCAACAACCCGAUGAACUUAAGCAAUCCCAGGAGACGCUCGAAUUCUUGAUAAAGCAUCAGGAUCACUUUCUAUUCGCUCUCACAUCUAAGAAGAGUGAGGGAAAGGAGGGAGAGACAUCGACAGCCGCACAAGAACAACCAACAAAGGUUUUGGGAUCACCGAUCUCGCAAAAAGGAGAAAUAAUGAUUACGCCAACGGAUUCUGAUGAAGAGGAUCGUAAUGGUGGAUGGGAGCUCAAGAAGUCAAACUCUGGGCUUUCACGGUCUAAGACUAGCUAUGCCAAGUCCAAAAAUCAGAAUAAAAGAGUCGUUGUCGAUCUCAGUGGAAGUGAUAGCAAUAGCAAUAUUAAUGAUAAUGGCAAAAGCAAUAGCAGGCUUAGGAAUAACAGCGCUGGUGACAGCAUUGCUGUGAAUAAAGGAGCAAAUAUUUCAAGAAGGGCUACGACACCUUCGAGGAGGUUUGGCAAGACUACUAACUUGAUAGCAGGUAUAUAA